GAAACUUCUUACACUUCCUAGUUUGCUGUAACCAAUUUUCUUCUUCUAAAAUGGAUUGGACCAGAGGCCAAACCAUAGGCCACGGCUCCUCUGCCGCCGUCUUCGUUGCUAAGUCACAUUGGUCAAACGAGAUUUUUGCGGUCAAAUCUGUAGAGCUAUCAAAGUCACAGUUGUUGCAAAAGGAGCAGAAAAUUCUAUCCGAAUUGAGCUCACAUUACAUAGUAAGCUACAAGGGGUACGAUGUUACAAAAGAGAAGGACAAAUUCAUGUUUAAUCUUAUGAUGGAGAAUAUGCCCGAAGGUACACUUACCGAUGAAAUUCGGAAACAGGGUGGUAGGAUUAACGAGCCGUUAAUCGGGUAUUAUACGAGGCAAAUUUUACAAGGACUAGAAUAUUUAUAUUCAAUGGGCAUAGUACACUGUGACAUUAAGGGACAGAAUAUUUUGUUAGGUAAAACCGGUGCCAAAAUUGCAGACUUCGGUUGUGCCAGGUGGGUUGAUCCGGCGGAGAGAGACGGUGGUGCCGCAGCUGCUUCCGCCCAGCCUAUUGGCGGCACGCCGAUGUACAUGGCGCCGGAGGUGGCGCGUGGGGAAGAACAGGGGUUUGCAGCUGAUAUAUGGGCAUUAGGAUGUACAAUUAUUGAAAUGGCCACUGGUGGAUCACCGUGGACUAAUGUGGCUAAUUCAGCUUCAUUGCUUUACAAAAUUGCAUUUUCAGGGCAAUCCCCACAAAUUCCAAAGUUUCUAUCUUUACAAGCAAAGGAUUUCUUAAGCAAAUGCUUGAGAAGAAAUCCAAAAGAAAGAUGGACGGCUAAAGAACUCCUCAAACAUCAAUUUCUUGAGGAAAUAUCCAAUUCGAAUUUUAAGGUAAUUCAAGAUUCUAUCACAAGCUCCCCAACUAGUAUUCUUGAUCAAGAUAUUUGGAAUUCAGUAGAGGAAACAGAAACCAUGGAUUUUUGUUCAAUACAAACAGUUAGCUCAAUGGACUCUCCUCUGAAAAGGGUAAGAGAAUUGGGUUUGAAUUCAGGAGAACCGAACUGGAGAUGGGACGAUGAGAGUUGGAUAACACUUAGAAGAAGCAGUGAAUAGCUCACAGAAAGACGAAGCAAUGACAGCUUUUUCUAACUGCUAUGAUUAUGAAAUUUGAGCUGGAAAUUAAGCUGGUCCGGUAGUAAGGUGUUGGAAAGAGACAGCUAACAAUUUUGCUGUAAAUUUUGGUACUAUACAACAGAACGCUGUAAAACCAAUAGUCAACAAACGAGAUCGAGAAAGUGCCAAUUUCAGGAAGAAUGGGAAGAAACCGAAGAAGAAGAAGAAGAAGAAGAAGAAGAAGAAGAAGAAGAAGAAGAAGAAGAAGAAGAAGAAGAAGAAGAAGAAGAAGAAGAAGAAGAAGAAGAAGAAGAAGAAGAAGAAGAAGAAGAAGAAGAAGAAGAAGAAGAAGAAGAAGAAGAUUCAGGUUCCGGGGCCAUUAACCAAGAAGGAAUGCAAAGAAAUCGUACAUAAUAUUCAAAUGACUUUUCUGUUAUCUCUUGUGAACCAUAUAGAAAUUCAAAUUUUGAUCCUUAAAACUUUUAAGUACAUCGAAUUAGUAGUUUUAAGCAGUCCUAAUAACAAGAAUUAACGUUGGAUAUUUGUCCGAAAGCUAAAGUCACAAGUGAAGUUUAACAAAACUAGUCCAUUUGUGCAUUUGUCCUUAUGUCAAGCCCUAGCAGAAAACCGGAUUCUGGCAGCUCCGGCGAACUUGACGGCAAGAACCUCCGCUGAAUGCCGGAAAUAGCCAGGUAGACGGUGGCAGAGAUACAAUUACCAUUUGUUAGGCCUUUGGUCUAGUCCAUGUUG